CCAGGAUCUAGGCUGCCGGUAUUCAAUCUUUAAGGUCAGCCAGGCUAUCUUCUAGGAGAAAAGACACUCUCUGUUCUGUUACGGCAGAUAGUCUGCUUAGGCCAAGGAGUGUCCAAGGAGUGGUCUCCAUCGCAGUUGCCUUAGUGUCGCAAGGCCCUCAGUGACAGCGAUGUCGCUGUGGGCCCAAACCUGUAUGAACUGCGCCUCACCACUGAUGGUCCCGCCACCACUGGGGCAGAGGUGACCAUCACGGCCAGCCUGGUGGCCGACGACAAUGGCAGCCUGGUCCUGCCCGCCAGCGCCCACCUCUACCGCUUCCACUGGCUCCACACGCCACUGCUGCUCACGGGGAAGACAGACGAGGCGUUCAGCUCCACCAUCCGCGCCGUGGGGAACACGCCCGGGGACUUCCCUGUCUCCGUCUGGGUCACCACUGCCGACUGCUGGAUGUGCCAGCCCGUGGCCAGGAGCCUCUUCGUCCUCCCCAUCACAGAGUUCCUCGUGGGGAACCUCCUCGUCACCCAGAACACCUCCCUGCCCUGGCCCAGCUCCUACCUCACCAAGACAGUCCUUAAAGUUUCCUUCCUCCUCCACGACCCCAGCAACUUCUUCAAGGCUGCCUCGUUUCUCUACAGCUGGGACUUUGGAGACGGCACCCAGAUGGUGACAGAAGAUGCUACAGUCUAUUAUAACUAUUCCAUCAUCGGAUCCUUCACUGUGAAGGUCAAGGUGGUGGCGGAGUGGGAGCAGGCAACGCUGGAUGCUGGGAAAAGGAUCGUGCAGAAGACAGGCGACUUUUCGGCCUCGCUGAAGCUGCAGGAAACCCUUCAAGGCAUCCAAGUCUCGGGGCCCACCUUAAUUCAGACCUUCCAAAAGAUGAUCGUGACCUUGAACUUCCUGGGGAGCCCCCCUCUGAACGUGUGCUGGCGCCUCAAGCCCGAGUGCCUCCCGCUAGAGGAAGGGGAGUGCCACCCGGUGUCAGUGGACAGCACGGCUUACAACCUGACCCACAUCUUCAGGGAUCCUGGCGACUACUGCUUCAGCAUCCGGGCCGAGAACGCCAUCAGCAAGACGCAUCAGUACCACAAGAUCCAGGUGUGGCCCUCCAGCAUCCAGCCAGCUGUCUUCGCUUUCCCUUGUGCCACGCUUAUCACCAUGAUGCUGGCCUUCAUCAUGUACAUGACCCUGCGGAAUGCCGCUCAUCAGAAGGACAUGGUGGAGGUGGCUGAUUUUGACUUUUCCCCCAUGUCUGACAAGAACCCGGAGCCACCCACUGGGGUCAGGUGCUGCUGCCAGAUGUGCUGCGGGCCCUUCAUGCUGGAGACGCCCUCUGAGUACCUGGAAGUCGUCAGAGAGAACCAUGGGUUGCUGCCCCCACUCUACAAAUCUGUCAAAACAUACACAGUGUGAGCACCUCCUACCCCGUUUCAGUGUUAAUGGACUGCCGACUGGGCACUCCGGGCAGGGUGGGGCAGGGUGGUGCCCACUGCCCAGCAGGAGGGGUUCGCACACGCAGGGCCAUCUGCCCUGGCCUGCUGUCCAUCUGUACAGUCCAGCCACCUCCACAAGCCCCCCACCAGUCACACCCUCCAGCCAUCCGUCCAUCUGUACAGUGCAGCCACUGCCGUCAGCCCCUCCCCAUCAGCCCUACCCCACCCCUUGCCUUUGAAGAGUCCCCAAGUGGGACUCUGACACCGGACGUAGUCCCUGCUGUCUCCUAGGUGUGCCUGGAGACCCCUCGCCUGUUCCUCCCCUAUUGGCUCAUUUGCCUUCCAUCUGGGGUUCACGUUCCCCUCCCCCAGGGAGCCCAGCUCACAUCAGAGAGCCGGGAGGCAGGUCCCAAACGGUUCAUGUAAGGCCACAUCAUAAAAGGUCGUACAUACAGAGGCAGGCGUGCAGUGCACACAGGUGUCACACAGACGUUUUGGGUGGUUUCCUCUAUCGGUUGGUUGGUUGCUGGGCUGUUCCCUGAAACAGAACUGAAAUGAAAUCUGACCUUUCUCACAUGGCCCCGAACGCUCCUGAGCUGGCCCCUCCCUGUGGGCACUGUCCCUGGGCUACUGGGUCCCAUCCUAAGGACACCCAGUACACUGUUGGCUGAAGGUUGGGCGAGGGCAGGGCUGAUGCUAUGUGAGCGCAAAGUGCUUUAUAAAUAGCACCUUCUUUCACUGAGUCCCUGUUAAACUUUCAUGGAGGAAAAGACUUUACAGGAAAAGAAGAAUCAAGCCGGGAGGCUUGAGUUCCCUGUGGGGAGGCGGCAGUGGUCUUGCCCCUGCCCUCCAGCUUCUCCCAGGGUGGCCUUGAGAAGAGGCAGGACUGGAAGGAGCCCAGGGCGGUGGCGGGGGGACCAGUCCACUCCUCUCCCUUCGGCCCAGCAACCUGGGGGAGGCAGAGCAUGCGCAGAGAGCGUGUCAUGGGUGCAGAGGGAGACCGUGCUGGGGCCCCGCCCAGCGGUGCAGGAGUGGGGGACAAGCGGGCCUGUCUGGGGCGGGGGGGGGCAGGGGCUGUGGCUGUCAUCGUUUGCUCUCAGACUCUGUGCUAAAAGCAGCUUUCCCACUGCUGUGUCGCUCACUCAUGAAAUACCGCCAUUGCCAAAUAAAGCUUGCGUGCCCUGAAUAUAGCCAAGCAUA